AAAUAAUUUACAAAUAUAGAAAAUUGGAAGAGAAGUUACAUGCGGAAAGGCUUACCGUAGUCUCCAAUUUCUUUAUUCCCGACAGAGCUUUCACUUUACACAGGCGCAAUUUUGAAUUGCUUACUGAACGACGAUGGAGCAAAGACCUGUGUCUCAAGAUGUGUUUGUUCCCCCGCAUCCUCUGAUAAAGCACUGGAUUUCAGUUCUUCGAAAUGAAGAGACGCCUUGUCCAAUCUUCAAGAAUGCCAUGGCCGAGCUAGGGAGAUUGCUUAUAUACGAGGCAUCGAGAGAUUGGCUGCCCACAGUAGGUGGAGAGAUCCAGACACCAAUGAGUGUUGCCUCUGUAGAAUUUAUUGAUCCAAGGGAUCCGGUCGUGGUUGUUCCCAUCUUGAGAGCAGGUCUUGCUUUGGCAGAGCAUGCAUCAUCUAUUUUGCCAGCAAUGAAAAUAUAUCAUCUUGGCAUUAGCAGAGAUGAAGAAACGCUUCAGCCUACUGUAUAUCUAAACAAGUUGCCUAAGAGAUUUCCUGAAGGUUGCCGAGUUUUUGUUGUAGAUCCUAUGCUUGCCACAGGUGGCACAGUAGUUGCAGCUCUUGAACUUAUAAUGGAGCGUGGUGCUGAAAACAAACAAGUCAAAGUGCUUAUAUUUCAGGAAGGUGCCUGCUGCUGCUUGCCAAUUUUGUAUCUUUUCCAGCCUCGGUUCCUCACAAUCUGUGUUUUUAUUAGAUAUCUGCCGUUGCUGCUCCUCCUGCCCUACGAAAGCUCAGUGAGAAGUUUCCUGGGCUUCAAGUAUAUGCUGGAAUUAUUGACCCCACUGUUAAUGAGAAAGGGUUUAUAAUUCCUGGACUUGGAGACGCAGGAGACCGUAGCUUUGCCACAUAAACUGUCAAAUGUGCAGCUCGAUAAAAUUGUCCAAUUUUGGAAUUCCAAGGUGUGCCAUCUAUGGAGUUUCAACCCAAGUUCAUCUCUGAGAUACCCAUCUACAGAUUUUACUCAAAUUAAAGGGAUUGGUCUGCUGAUUUGUGUGAUUAGUUGCACAAUUUUCAAAUGUUAGUGCUACUACGAGUGAAAUGGAAUCAGUAUUGAUUGAAAGUCAACCGAGACAUUGUUUUGUACUUGUAUGUGCUAAAAUUAGCAUGGUUUAUAAAAUAAUAUUUAUUUCGAUUUUG